AAUGUGAGAAGCCGCCCCCAUCUUACAUGAGCAAACAAACACAACAGUUAUGAGAUUCAGUCACAUUGCAAGAGGUGGAUUUUGUGACAUUUCUUACCGAAUUUAAUGAAAAAGUUAUGGCUCCAACUGGUCUCUUAUAUAUAAAAACAAAACCCCAUUGCACAAUCAACACAAACAAAACCAUGGUAUCAUCAAAGCUUCUUGUGGUUGCUGUUUUCCUGCUCUUUUCCUAUUCAUUUGCAAAGCUUCAUGGUGCAGAAAAGGGUCCAUGCAAGUCUCAUUCCAAUGGGGAGUGUUCAGCGCAUGCAAAAAAAGGGAACGGUAAAGGUUGUCAUUUUGCUGGAACAUGCAGCAGCGGAGGAGAUUGUAGGCAGGCAUGCGCUGCCUUGGGCCGCAACCCUGAUGCCGUCGAGUGUGUUACUUCCACCGGUGAAAACCGCUGCUGUUGUCUCGACAUUUGAAAGACUGUAUGAAACCGUAAUGAAAUUUACUUUACGUACCCAAAUGCAAACCCUUGCAGUGUUAACAACUUGGACGAGUUAACAUGGUCAACUGUUUGUGUGGUGUUUGUAACGAGUUAUAGUGUCUAUUGAGUGUCUUUUUGUGUAACUCUUUAGAAGUUUUUUAUGAAAUAAAUUCAUUUGGCUGAAAAAA